CAGCUGGCAACUAAAAACGCUUGUUUCUGUUAAAAUGUCCACAAGACCACGACGCCAAGCUGCCCAAAAAUCGAAGGCUAUUAUAGUGCUUUCUGAUUCCGAUGAUCCGGACUCGGGCAGGAAUGGCAGCGACAGUGAUGACUUCAGGCCGAGGGAACCCAGGCGUCGCUUUGUAGAUCGCGCAGCGGCAGCAACUGCCGGCACGGAUAAUCGAAAACGUCGAGCCAAUGCAAAGGAGAAAUCUGCAGAUGGUCCAGCGGUCAAGAAGAAACGUGGUAAGAAUAAUGAAAAUGAAAACGAUUGCCCCAAUCCGGACAGUUUUGAGGCAGAACCGGAACCGAUGGUGGCUCUUCCUCCUCCCGUGUUAGUGGCUGCCACUGGGACCAGCACGGGCCGCAGCUCUUUCUGGGAACGCAGAAAGGUGUGGAAUAUACACGAACUCCUUGCCGAAACGGAGAACAUUCAACCAGCAGCAGCUCAAAAUAUUGUUCAAUUGUUUGAGAAUGAUAAUACCAUUCCAUUUAUCUGCCGCUAUCGACGAGAUCUGGUCGAUCAUGUAACACCAGAUCGGCUACGUGACAUACGCAACACGUACACCGAAAUUGUCGACUUACGCAAAAGGGCAGAGAACAUUGUCAAUCAACUGGAAAGAGAGAACGUCCUCAGCACAGAAAUACGUGAGGAGCUGAUGUGUGCCAAGACCAGCGAGGAAUUAGACUUUCUCUAUGCGCCCUAUAAGCCGGCGAGCAAAGGAACACUGGCCGAACGGGCCAAGGCUUUGGGUCUACAAGAUUAUGCCGAUCGUUUGCUAUACGGCACAGCUCCCAAAGUUGAGUUGGCUUCAAUUGUUGAUGCAAGCAAUGAAGCCUUGGCGUCCGAGGCGUUGGUUUUAAAUGGCAUUUGCGAGAUCAUCAAGCAUAACAUAAGCAAGAAUUCAAAUGUAUUAGAAGAACUUCGCCGUUUGCAAAAUGUACAUCGCAUAUUUCUGAAGUGCAGCAAGACCAAAGAGACGGCAUCCACCACGAAGGGAAGCAGUAGUAAAUCGGUUGCUGGUCAUUGUAUCGCAGACAAAAAGCUAGACAGUUCCAAAUUUGAAAACUAUUUCAAUUUUCAAGGCGAUAUAAAGACAAUCAAGCCGCAUCAAAUGCUUGCCAUAAAUCGUGGUGAGAAGCACAAGUUUCUCACUGUUAAAGUCGAUACUCCAGAAUAUUUAAAGAGGGAUCUGACCCGCUUUAUAUCGGAGCAGUACAUGUCGGAAGGUCUGCAGUAUCCCCUGCGUAGAGAGUGCUUUACUCGAGCCCUCGACGAGUGUUUCACCAAGAAAUUGCAGCCCCUGAUGUGCCGACAAAUUCGAGCCGAUCUCAAGGAGAAGGCACAGAAGGCAGCCAUCGAAGUAUUUGCUAAAAAUCUAAAGCAGUUGCUCCUAAUGUCUCCACUCAAGGGUGAACGAAUUCUGGGCAUAGAUCCUGGCUACGUUAAUGGAUGCAAGUUGGCCGUAAUAAGCGAGACAGCUGAUGUGCUAGAAACGGGUGUAAUUUAUCCGCACGGCCGUAACUCCAAUCAAAAGGGGGCCGAAAAACAACUUCUGCAGUUUCUCAACAAGCACAAUUGUCACAUUAUAGCACUAGGCAAUGGAACUGCCUGCCGAGAUACAGAACAAUGGUUAACUCGGUUAUUUCAAUCGGGAGCUUUGGACAGCGGCAGCAUCCGCUACAGCAUUGUUAAUGAGAAUGGAGCCUCUGUGUAUUCAUGCAGCGAUGUCGCCAGCAAAGAGUUUCCCGAAAUGGACACAAAUGAACGGAGCGCAGUUUCCAUUGCACGUCGACUUAAUGAUCCUCUGAGCGAGUAUGUAAAAAUCGAACCACGCCAUUUGGGAGUAGGCAUGUAUCAGCACGAUGUCACUGAGAAGAUUCUCACGCAAUCGCUGAACGAUGUUGUCUCCGAAUGUGUUAGCUACGUCGGAGUUGAUCUCAACACGGCCAGCCUUAGUGUGCUCAAACACAUUGCGGGGCUGUCGGAGAAGAAAGCCGAAAAGAUAAUCGAAUACCGCACUAAGAAUGGCCCAUUCCAGUCCCGUAAAGAUUUGCUAUCAGUGCGGACCAUAGGCGAUAAAUCCUUUGUGCAAUGCGCUGGAUUUAUUCGUAUCGAACCCCUUAGUGUGGGUGGACAACUGAAGAACCCGCUCGACUGCACCUGGGUGCAUCCGGAAAGUUAUCAAGUGGCGCAAACUAUCAUCGGAGAGUGUGACUUAAAGCUAUCGGACAUUGGCAAGGCCAACUUUAUAGCCCGCAUCAAGGAGUUCUCAUUGUCACAAAAAAAUCUAGAGCGUAUGUCCGAGCAACAAAAGCUGCCUAUGGAACGGCUUAAAUUUGUAUUGGUUGCCCUUCAACGGGAAUUGCUUCAGGAUUAUCGUGCCGAUUUGGACAAGCGACCGCUCUUCAAACAGGGAAUGACCCGCCUGGAUGAACUAAGCAUUGGUGAUGUGCUCACAGGGGCGGUCACGAAUGUGACUCAUUUUGGAGCCUUUGUCGAUGUGGGCGUGGAUCGCGAUGGUCUAAUCCAUAGAAGUCACAUGAGCGAUGGCGAACUGAGCAUUGGCGAUCGUGUUAUCGCUUCUGUGGUUAAAGUUGAUUUGCAACGGCGACACUUGGGAUUACGUCAAGAGGAUAUGUUGCAAGAGACGGACACAUCCUUUACCUUUAAAAAGGAAUAAAUGGCAAAUCAAGAGUGCAAAUAGUCUUGAUUAAAACUUUUUUUUUCUUGGAA